AUGGGUGGGAAUAAACAAUGUCUCCAGAGCGACGCAUUUGCUUGUGUGGUUUCUCUCUUUUUGCUGUCAGGAGCUGCAAACGUAGGAAUGGUGCUCGUUUGGCGUCGACACCGACGCCAAGUUCAACUCCAUAUCGGGCAUAUUACCAAUUUUCAGUGGCGACAGAGACAAGAAAAGCUUACAAAAACUGUUUCUUUCAUCGUGGGAUUCUAUUUGUUAUUUAACAUACCCGUUUUAUUUGUCACAAUUUAUCACCAGAUUUUGAAGCAGGACAUUAAGACUUAUAACCACUAUAGUUGGGCGGAAACUCUAGCUUUCCUCAAUUCCUGCACAAACCCAUCAAUCUGCUUAUGGAAGAACCGGCAAAUUCGUCAAAAAAUAUUGCUUUACUUCCGAAAACAAACUUCUUCGUCUACUAAACGGAAUGGUGUCACACUCUGUGCUUCAAAAGAGACUGUUUCACAAGGCCGAAGAAAGCUGUCUGUGGUGGCAAACACCAGUUCACUGUAAAAUGCCAUGGUGAAUGAGAAGGAAAUUGAAUACUUUAUUGGUUAAUGGUUAGGUCGUAAACGCCCCGCCCCGUCCAGGACUGGAUGCCAGUAUUUUUACCCGUAAUAGGUAUCGCUUUGCAGUGCCGUAGCAAGGUUAGAUUUAUUAGGGGGGGGGGCAAUCCCGAGCACUGAAGGCGCGAGCUGCCAGGGGGGUCCGGGGGCAUGCACCCUCGGAAGAUUUUGAAAUAUAGGGUCUCUGAAAUAGCAUUUUAAGCCUUCCGAGAGCAUUAAUUUCCCACUUAAGAAGUGUACUUUGUUUAAUACCGCUUAAUUUUUGUUUGUUGAAGCCAUAAAUACGAAAUAAUUUUCAAGCUUUAUCGAACUGAAAUGAACACAUGGAACCGAAGACCAGCGUGAAGAGCGUGGCCGCUGACCAAAUUACUGUAAACGUGCCUGUCAAAAUUAUUGGGAGGGGGGGAGGGAGGGUCCCCCGGCCCCUCCCCGCGCUACGGUACUGUUUUGGGGUUGUUCAUAAAGAAAUUUAAAAUAUUAAUAUUGCCAAACGCCGUCAUAGUGUGUUUGUGUAAGGCCUCGUUUACAUAAUUUACAUAGGUCUCUGUAUUCUGCAAAAAUAUGCGAUUUUCUUUCUAUUUAUAAACAAUAUAUUAAAUAUAACAUUUACAAUACCUACACUAAACAAGGAAAGGCAGAAGUUAUAAAUAGGCAACCUCUCCGAUAAAAAUAGUCUGAGCCACAACUGACUUGCCAAGCUGAGAAUUGCCACACCUAGAUGACAAUUUGACGAGGAUGAUGAAAACUUCACUCAAUAAAAUAAAUCUUAAGGCUAUAAAUAAAAAAUGUUUCAUUUAAAUAGUAGCGACCUAACAUGAAACAAUCUGAUCUGUGCAGUCUCUUUCCUGAUCUUAAUAAAUAUACGACAGUCUCAUUAAUAAAGUCUGAAAUUUAAGUAUAUUCUCUUUAAAUAUCGAUGGGCAUGUCGCUGAUGAGCCCACGUCCAAGAGUGAAAAUCACUCAAAGCUAAAAUAAAGACUCCAGUUUUCUAUUUUUACAAUUGCUUUUUGCCGGCAAGUUUCUCCACCGACUGAUCAAAGAACAAGAUUGGUUCUUGCGAUAGCCAGGUAUUUGUUUUUCUAAUUAACCGCUCAAAGAAAUAAAGUCAGGAGGUGAGCCAUUAAUACGACACAAGAAUUUGUCGCACCAAAAAGAGAACGAGCAAAAAUCAAUCGAAAACGCUCUCCGUACACGCUCAUAAAAUCCUCUUGACACUUUUUCUUGAGAACCAAAACUUACAAUCGGCGACAAAACUGUAAAGAUACUUUCAACGUGAACCGGGUACAAGUUUGAUACUAUAAGUUCUAUGGUGCUAACUGUUCAAGCCACCAUGUUCUUAGCUUUUCCACGGGUGUUAACUGUUUGAGCCACCCUAUUGUAUAUGAUGCUACUGUUCAAGCCACCAUUAUUGUUAGUUCUUUCACGGGUGUUACCUGUUUGGGCCACCCUAUUUUCUAUGGUGCUAACUGUUCUUUGCUACCUAUAAGCCCACUGAUCAGCUGAACUAGUAAGGGGAGGGGGGGCGGGGGGGAAGAGGACCUAAAUGUUCAAUUUUUGGUCUUGGCGUUUCUCAAAAAAUGCGAUAGGAUAAAUGAUCAAAAAAAUUAUUUGCAGAUAAAGUAUCUCAAGGAAUUUUGACGCCGAGUGGAACUUAUUUUAUAACUUCACUGUACUUUUCAACACUUUUAACCAGAGCUGUACCAUUCAAGUCUCAAUUUGUAACGCCUUUGAUGAAAAUGCAGAACUAUCUCUCUCCAUCGCUUUCAUCUUCGCUGCCAACAGUUUGGUCGCUAGUCUUUGAUGGGCAAGAGCCUCGCUAUUGUCAGUGAGCUGCAAAUAACAAAGAAAAGCAGUACUGACACAUAACAUGUAAACGUGGAGGGUGACGAUAUAGUCAGGUGCAGUUUUUGAUUCGCUUCGCUACAUUAUCAAUAAAUUUAAGUUCAACAGAGACCCACAGCAGAAAUACAGAGUUCUCUAGAAAAUUUAAAUAAGAAGGAGAAGAGCAACAGAUUAGAUUGGAAGCACUCACGUGUUUGAGUGGGUAUGGAAAGGGAAGCACCCGCCUCUUAGCUUCCUUUGGAGGAGUCUUAGGGCCUCCCGGGAAAAAUCUAAAUUUUGGGGGUUAGCAACCAAGGAAAUAAUCACAUUUAUACUCAUAAGAAGUGCACAUUGUGCCUUUAUCUACCCACAUUAGCGUUAUUUCCAAUCAUAUGUUUGUUUUAAGCCAAUGAAGUUUUGAGAAACAAAUUCGACAGAUCUUAUAUCCUCUUAAAAAGAUUGCUCAACCGCUGCCGUAACCAUUGGACAGCGAUUGUCGCCUGAGCUUUCGAGGAACCCUGGAAGAACGAAAACAAAGACUGGACUAUUAUUCAACCGAAAAUCCUCCAUGAGCUGUGAAUUUGUAAGAUUUUCUUUUCAUAAACGCUUACCAUUCCAAGGAGCUUUGCAACUAUGUCGUCUUUGUGGGCUUUAAUCUGUUGGAGCAACUGUUCUUCUUCGUUUUUUAACCCAUUUUUACCCGUUGUUUUUUCUUUUCUUUUUCCGGGGAAACUGAUCUUCUUUUUCCAUCUUGACUUUUCUAGUAGUUCGUAAAUGAGUGAGGAGUUCUUCGCUAGCUGCUGCUCAAAUGCCACCCGAUAUGCAUCGGCAGUUAGGAGGGCUUCCUCUUCACGCUUAUGAACUACCUCAAGCUAAAAAACAAGGGAGAAUUUUGACUGCAUCCUCUUUGAAGAUAAGUAAAAUGCCAGUUUGAAAAAAAUUUUUCACAAUUUUUAAUUAAUAAUAAUGAUAUUAAUGUAAUAGCAAAAAUCAUAACAGUAAAAUAAUAAUAAUGAUGAUAAUAAUAUAAGUUUGCUAAGGUCAUUUUAGAAUUAUCUCAUUCUGUGUAAUACAAUCUUAAAACAGUCGACGUGAAAUAAAAACCACAGAAGUUGGCAAAAUGGUUUUCACAAGCGACCGUUAAAGAUGCCAAGGCUUAGCGCGUUCUUACGGUAACUUGAAGGCCAAGUUUCAAAGUUAGCAUUAUUAAGGGGCUUGUCUUAGUAUGUAAUGGUAUUGCUUCUAAGUAUUGGUUCUGCUUGGAUGUUGAAGAGUCAAAAAUGGUUUUUAAGUGUGAAGUGGUUCAAAUGUAUGCAGGCGCCAUGGCUGUUUCAAGCCUGAUCGGUACUGACAAGCAAUGUUUUGUAGGCAGUCCCAGACUGCAAGGGAAACCAUAGACUGCGAACAGCCUCUUGUUUUACUUUUGAGUCACAGUAGAUGUUCAUAACUUUACAUUUUUGCUCGUCGCGUAGCUCCGAGGAAAGAAGGACGACCCGUCGCAAUUUAAGGAAGCCAAGGAAAGACUACAAAACAUUUGCGGAAUACUGUACUCAAGGUACUUUAACUGUCUUAAAAAUUUUACUUGGUGAUAGAUGGGUCCCUGGCUGAGGCCCAAAAGGAGCUUCGGGCUCCCCGCUCUAGUCAGCAGCUUGGGUCAGUCGUCCAUGACCAGCCUUUAAUUACCACGAUAAUCAUGGGGCAUACAUCUACCUAUCAAACCCCUGAUUCGGAGACCCUGGGGAGAGAAGGGCUUUAGUGGUGAGGGAAAAGGGUUGGGGCGUUAGCACCCUUAAUUUUUCAGAUGGUUCCUAAUUUAUUACUUACAAGACUAACUUCAUGUGCAUAUUUUUAGGCACAUGUUGGCCUCAUUAUAACUUUGCCAUAUUUGGGUUUUAAAUAUGACAGUUGUGGCCAAUCCAAUAUACAUUUUGGGUUAAUUCUUGAGUGCAAGGAUAAAUUUUAACAUGUAAAAUAACGGCAUUCAAGGAAACCUUUUUUCUGAAAACACCUAUAUUUGUUCUUGGAUCAAUGCCGCUCUGUACAUCUUGACUGCAUGAUUUUUUGUUAGACACGGGGACGAUUUUUUAAGUGAAUACUAGGCCUUUGACGGAGAGAAAAUUCCAUUUGUCUCUAAGCAAACUAUUAAAAUAUCACAUUGCAAGAGACCAUAUGCAACGUAUUUACUUCGUGAAAUCAAGAAGUGAUUGUCUUCGUGAAGCAUUUGCCGAUUUUCCUGGCCGUAUGUGGCCGUAUGUGGCGAUCGGAGUAAAUGUCACUUGGUUAUAGUGCCUCGCCUCUUUCGGGUCUUUAAUUUGUAUAUGUUCGCAUUGCUCGAAAUCGCGCGCAUUUACAAAGGCCCUAAAGCUUUUUACUGACUUGCAAGGACCCAUCUGUUGUAAAGAUCCCCAAAAUAAAGGGAUAAAUCCCAUAGUUUAUUAGAUAUAAUCGUGUAAAGUUUUGCUUAUCAUUUUCGCAUAAAUUAUGACCUAAAUUUGCAAAUCGUUGAAUUUCUCGAAUUGGGUCUUUGCGAUUUAGGUGAAACUCUGUUGAACGCAAGGCACUAAUGCGCACUAUAUGUAGCCGAGAGAUUUUCACGAAAAAAUGCCGGCAACAGCAGAAUUUCGACUCAGACCCGAAAGAGGCGUGGCACUAUAACCACGUGACAUUUACUCCGAUCGCCAAAACUUUUAUGCUAUAUUGGAGAUUGAUCUAUAUGUUAUCCAUGGUAUAUGUUGGACCUACGAUCAAAGUAAAGGUGGGGAUACCAGAGAGCUUCAAAGUAGGAUGGUACCUCCACAAAAUAAUUGGGUCGAGUCACCUUAACUUUGUACCAGCAUAAUUUAAGGAAUAUUGCAUUUCAAGGGCUAAAGAUGUAAUUAGUCAUCUGUAGUAACACUAAGGAAAAUUCCUUCUGGGAGUCUGAGAAAAUAAAUUUAAAAUUUUCAUGUAUAAGAUGUCGUUUUGUGAAAUUUGACAUUUAUUUUCUCGGGCUCCAAAAAGAAAUUUUCUUUGGUGUUAUUACAGAUGACUAAUUUACUCUUUAGCCCUUGAACUGAAGGUAAAAACGAAUGCGGUAUGCUUUAAAUUAUUCUGGGACAAAGGUUUUGUCCACUGAAAAUUAAAAUUACUCAAUUUCCUGACGGAUUCUGUCUUUUUAACUUAAUUUGCUUUUUAAGGUUUCAAAUCUGGAUUCAAAUUUCGCACUAACCCUGGGUUAUAUUAACCUAGCUUUGAACAAUUCAACCCAGGAUCUUGGAUUCCAGAGGAGCCUGCGUAGCAGGCGCCGAUUCUUUAUUCAUUUAUUUUUACAGGCCGUUGUCUUGUGUAAACAUCUUCGAUAGUAACGCAGCUUAUCAUUGGCGCCCGUCUAAAAAUUUCGGGAAAACUCUAAGGGUCGCCGAAGAGAAAAGUUAUUUUUUAUUUAGUACUGUUGCUGGUGAGUGUAAUUUGUGAAGUUAUUACUGUUUCUUUCAUUUAUUGACUGCGUGAAUCUGCGAUUUAUUUUAGCCUUUUAAUUCUUUCAAGGAAAAGUACUCUUCGCCUUGUCCUCAUGGCACAUGGAACAUUUGUUUUUAUUUGCUCCCUACACUGUACUACAUGGGAUUUUGUAUAAUGAUUAAUUUUUGCAGUUUUCCGACAAAAAAUAACAAAAGCAAGAAUUCGGGGGGAAUAAGUAUGGGCACUCUUGCUUUUGAUAAAAAAUAUAUAUAUAAUAAGUUGUUGAAAAAAAAAAAAAAAGACUGCAGAGAUGCUGUAUCCGAUGGAACAAAUCGAUCGAUUAAUUAAAGUCUGAAAAUUUAUGACUUCAAGGGAAAAUUUCAAAAGUACUGAUUUCGACGAUAUGUAAAAAGAGCACAAUGAUUAUUAACAUAUAUGUUGAUAUUUCUGACUCAAACCGAACAGGGCCAACCCGUAUCGGUACUACUGCUUUUAUUUUUAAACCAACUAAAUUGUGACUACGCACCAUUAAGAAGAUAGACACCAGGGGGUGUUAAGAUGUUAAUGGAAAGUUAAGUUCUCCUGAUAGUCGAGUCACGUUCAAGGAAAAAAGUUAAUUCUAUAAAAUUCCUUUUAAGUGAAUUUCUGAAGUAGGCAAGAUAGAGAGGUUUGUUUUUCACAUGAUAGCCAGGUUUACGGGGCAAGUGCACGUGCCGUGUGAUAUUACUGACGAUGGAUAAGGUGGCUCAGUGUGACAUAGUUUCUCUUGUUUGUAUAUUCAUUGGUCAUAAAAACAGUACAGAUAAUUGUAGAGGUAAGUUGGGAUUCAUCCCGAGAAAACUUUCAGGUCAUUAUUGAGCGUAGACGAUUUUACUUGUGGGAAAUAUACGCAUUUAAUUUGUAAAAGCAAAGUCCCUGCCAUAUUACAUGAAAAGACUACUGAAAUCAACAAUUUAAAGGUAUUCUCGUUUUUCGUUUGAUGUGAAACGGGCGAACUGGAAUUAUAUGGGGUUUUGACCAGCACUAAUAAGUGUCGGGUCUCUACGAGGGUUUUAAACUCUAACAGUCAAAAGCUCGGAAUGAAAUAUACCGGUAUAGCAAAUCAAACAAGAGAAGGCAGCUGACUAGGCUUAUAUGAAAGUAGAUCAGUCAAUAUAUUCAAGGGUUAUGACAAAAAAGAAGCCCUUUUUAAGGCUUAAACAGGUCUAAAUUGUUUAAAGAAACGAUCUUUAAGGCAUAGAAUUGUAAAACUAAAAAAUAAUAUCGCUGUUAACGUGCGAAGAUCAUUCGCGUGUAAAUUACAUGAACCAGCAGAAUUUUAAAUGCGCGAAAAUAAAUUGUGAGGAGAAGAGAUAGUAAGCGAUUAAAGUUUAUUUGAAUUGUUUUUUAGGCUACUUAUUGUUUAAAAUACCACCAGAACAACAACGGAGCUUUUGGUUAAGCGUUCUUUGUUAAUAAAUUCAUAGAUCUUGGACAGAGAUGCACCUACACAGAGCAAACGGCUUCCUGUGCCGGCAAUCAUGACAACCUGUUGACAAUAUGUUGAAUAUUCCACCAACUAAUAAAACACAAUUCUGUCCCGAUAUAAUGGAAUAAUUUGAAUUCCCAUCACGUAAUGUUGAUAUUCUUUAUAAAUGAUGAUGGCAAGUUAUUUGAGCAUUUAAUAUGGGAAAUGUAAACAAACUAUUUUAUCCUGUUGCCUUCAUUUCUUUCUUGUUGUGAGCGGAUAACAUUUAAGAAGCAAGAGAAAAUCAUCUCUUGUCUGAAUUCGAGGCGAUUAAGUGUGGAUAACGUUCAAGGCUCAUAAAAUGACAGGGAGAAAAACUACAUCACUGUUUUCUUUAUUGCUCAGCUUUGGCCAGUUCCAGCUAGUUCCAGUAGAGCGUUCUGUUGUGUUUUAUACUUUACUUUUUAGGACUUUUGCGCGGAACUAAGUCAACUAAAUAAGUAUAAGUGCUAAAACAAGAAGCCAAGUAUUAUUUUUUUACCGAAACACUAGUCAAAAAUAAUUUGCUCACGGUUGAUGCAAUAUAAGGAUUGCUAGCCUGUUCCAAGCGUUCAGAUAGUGGAGAGCGGUGCGAAGUAAAGAAAGCGAUGAAAAGUAGAGGGGGACUGGGGAGAGCCCCCUCCCUCGCUUUUAUUUUUUCGCGCUCCUUUUUGCUUCGCACCGCUCCCCACUCAGUCUGAACGCCUGGAACAAGCUAGAGGAUUGCUUCUUUUCUGGUCCCCGCGUUGUUGGUAGGAAUUUGCAAACUUAUAUUUUGACCCCAAAUAAUAGUGAUAAAAGAUCCAAAGCGGCAAAUUUGAAGUUUUCUUCCGCAGAAACCUUUUUUCAGCUUUCAAGCCAAAAAGUAUCUCACUGCCGCUUAAUGGCCUUUAACUACAACACGCAUCAAUUUUCUGUCAGCAAUGGAUUGAAUUUGUGUUUUAUACCAAUUAUCAAAAGGAAGCUACCAGCUUCCGGAAUAUUUUCCUUGUCUUAAACGAUUGCUGUUUUUAAAAUUUUUUAAAUACUUUUCUUGUAACAUUGCAGUCAGUCAAGGAGGCUGACAACCUCUCCAUGGCUAACAGUACGUCAACGUCAUCUUGCUUUCAUCUUCCUGAUCCAUCUUUUGACCGAGUUUCAGAGCGUUUCCUGGUAAAUCUUCUGACAGCCAUCAUAAAUAUCAUUUCCUCCCCUUUUGCCGUCAUCUUGAACCUUUUGAUUACCAUUGCCAUCUUUAAGAACACUCUACUUCGAACACCAUCAAAUCUCUUGAUAGGCUGCUUGGCUCUAUCGGAUAUUUUAGUCGGUCUCACAGUUCAACCAGGUUACAUCACCUUCAGACUUAUGGAAAAUCAGCAUCGAACAGUUCCGUGCUUCGUUCAAGUUAUGUACUCUAAUGCCUUCUACAUUUGUUGCGGAGUGUCUUUUAUGACUCUUACAGCUGUAAGCUACGAGCGAUUUGUGGCAGUCCGUCUUUAUGCAAGAUACAACAACGUCUUCUCGUCGAAACGAGCCGUUAAAUAUAUCUUGGCCAUCUGGAUGUUUAAUGUCUCUUUAACAAGUCUGCAAUGGGUGGGAAUAAACAAUGUCUCCAGAGCGACGCAUUUGCUUGUGUGGUUUCUCUCUCUUUUGCUGUCAGGAGCUGCAAACGUAGGAAUGGUGCUCGUUUGGCGUCGACACCGACGCCAAGUUCAACUCCAUAUCGGGCAUAUUACCAAUUUUCAGUGGCGACAGAGACAAGAAAAGCUUACAAAAACUGUUUCUUUCAUCGUGGGAUUCUAUUUGUUAUUUAACAUACCCGUUUUAUUUGUCACAAUUUAUCACCAGAUUUUGAAGCAGGACAUUAAGACUUAUAACCACUAUAGUUGGGCGGAAACUCUAGCUUUCCUCAAUUCCUGCACAAACCCAUCAAUCUGCUUAUGGAAGAACCGGCAAAUUCGUCAAAAAAUAUUGCUUUACUUCCGAAAACAAACUUCUUCGUCUACUAAACGGAAUGGUGUCACACUCUGUGCUUCAAAAGAGACUGUUUCACAAGGCCGAAGAAAGCUGUCUGUGGUGGCAAACACCAGUUCACUGUAAAAAUGCCAUGGUGAAUGAGAAGGAAAUUAAAUACUUUAUUGGUUAAUGGUUAGGUCGUAAACGCCCCGCCCCGUCCAGGACUGGAUGCCAGUAUUUUUACCCGUAAUAGGUAUCGCUUUGCAGUGCCGUAGCAAGGUUAGAUUUAUUAAGGGGGGGGGCAAUCCCGAGCACUGAAGGCGCGAGCUGCCAGGGGGGUCCGGGGGCAUGCACCCUCGGAAGAUUUUGAAAUAUAGGGUCUCUGAAAUAGCAUUUUAAGCCUUCCGAGAGCAUUAAUUUCCCACUUAAGAAGUGUACUUUGUUUAAUACCCGCUUAAUUUUUGUUUGUUGAAGCCAUAAAUACGAAAUAAUUUUCAAGCUUUAUCGAACUGAAAUGAACACAUGGAACCGAAGACCAGCGUGAAGAGCGUUCCGCUGACCAAAUUACUGUAAACGUGCCUGUCAAAAUUAUUGGGAGGGGGGGAGGGAGGGUCCCCCGGCCCCUCCCCGCGCUACGGUACUGUUUUGGGGUUGUUCAUAAAGAAAUUUAAAAUAUUAAUAUUGCCAAACGCCGUCAUAGUGUGUUUGUGUAAGGCCUCGUUUACAUAAUUUACAUAGGUCUCUGUAUUCUGCAAAAAUAUGCGAUUUUCUUUCUAUUUAUAAACAAUAUAUUAAAUAUAACAUUUACAAUACCUACACUAAACAAGGAAAGGCAGAAGUUAUAAAUAGGCAACCUCUCCGAUAAAAAUAGUCUGAGCCACAACUGACUUGCCAAGCUGAGAAUUGCCACACCUAGAUGACAAUUUGACGAGGAUGAUGAAAAAUUCACUCAAUAAAAUAAAUCUUAAGGCUAUAAAUAAAAAAUGUUUCAUUUAAAUAGUAGCGACCUAACAUGAAACAAUCUGAUCUGUGCAGUCUCUUUCCUGAUCUUAAUAAAUAUACGACAGUCUCAUUAAUAAAGUCUGAAAUUUAAGUAUAUUCUCUUUAAAUAUCGAUGGGCAUGUCGCUGAUGAGCCCACGUCCAAGAGUGAAAAUCACUCAAAGCUAAAAUAAAGACUCCAGUUUUCUAUUUUUACAAUUGCUUUUUGCCGGCAAGUUUCUCCACCGACUGAUCAAAGAACAAGAUUGGUUCUUGCGAUAGCCAGGUAUUUGUUUUUCUAAUUAACCGCUCAAAGAAAUAAAGUCAGGAAGUGAGCCAUUAAUACGACACAAGAAUUUGUCGCACCAAAAAGAGAACGAGCAAAAAUCAAUCGAAAACGCUCUCCACACACGCUCAUAAAAUCCUCUUGACACUUUUUCUUGAGAACCAAAACUUACAAUCGGCGACAAAACUGUAAAGAUACUUUCAACGUGAACCGGGUACAAGUUUGAUACUAUAAGUUCUAUGGUGCUAACUGUUCAAGCCACCAUGUUCUUAGCUUUUCCACGGGUGUUAACUGUUUGAGCCACCCUAUUGUAUAUGAUGCUACUGUUCAAGCCACCAUUAUUGUUAGUUCUUUCACGGGUGUUACCUGUUUGGGCCACCCUAUUUUCUAUGGUGCUAACUGUUCUUUGCUACCUAUAAGCCCACUGAUCAGCUGAACUAGUAAGGGGAGGGGGGGCGGGGGGGAAGAGGACCUAAAUGUUCAAUUUUUGGUCUUGGCGUUUCUCAAAAAAUGCGAUAGGAUAAAUAAUCAAAAAAAUUAUUUGCAGAUAAAGUAUCUCAAGGAAUUCUGACGCCGAGUGGAGCUUAUUUUAUAACUUCACUGUACUUUUCAACACUUUUAACCAGAGCUGUACCAUUCAAGUCUCAAUUUGUAACGCCUUUGAUGAAAAUGCAGAACUAUCUCUCUCCAUCGCUUUCAUCUUCGCUGCCAACAGUUUGGUCGCUAGUCUUUGAUGGGCAAGAGCCUCGCUAUUGUCAGUGAGCUGCAAAUAACAAAGAAAAGCAGUACUGACACAUAACAUGUAAACGUGGAGGGUGACGAUAUAGUCAGGUGCAGUUUUUGAUUCGCUUCGCUACAUUAUCAAUAAAUUUAAGUUCAACAGAGACCCACAGCAGAAAUACAGAGUUCUCUAGAAAAUUUAAAUAAGAAGGAGAAGAGCAACAGAUUAGAUUGGAAGCACUCACGUGUUUGAGUGGGUAUGGAAAGGGAAGCACCCGCCUCUUCCUUUGGAGGAGUCUUAGGGCCUCCCGGGAAAAAUCUAAAUUUUGGGGGUUAGCAACCAAGGAAAUAAUCACAUUUAUACUCAUAAGAAGUGCACAUUGUGCCUUUAUCUACCCACAUUAGCGUUAUUUCCAAUCAUAUGUUUGUUUUAAGCCAAUGAAGUUUUGAGAAACAAAUUCGACAGAUCUUAUAUCCUCUUAAAAAGAUUGCUCAACCGCUGCCGUGACCAUUGGACAGCGAUUGUCGCCUGAGCUUUCGAGGAACCCUGGAAGAACGAAGACAAAGACUGGACUAUUAUUCAACCGAAAAUCCUCCAUGAGCUGUGAAUUUGUAAGAUUUUCUUUUCAUAAACGCUUACCAUUCCAAGGAGCUUUGCAACUAUGUCGUCUUUGUGGGCUUUAAUCUGUUGGAGCAACUGUUCUUCUUCGUUUUUUAACCCAUUUUCACCCGUUGUUUUUUCUUUUCUUUUUCCGGGGAAACUGAUCUUCUUUUUCCAUCUUGACUUUUCUAGUAGUUCGUAAAUGAGUGAGGAGUUCUUCGCUAGCUGCUGCUCAAAUGCCACCCGAUAUGCAUCGGCAGUUAGGAGGGCUUCCUCUUCACGCUUAUGAACUACCUCAAGCUAAAAAACAAGGGAGAAUUUUGACUGCAUCCUCUUUGAAGAUAAGUAAAAUGUCAGUUUGAAAAAAAUUUUUCACAAUUUUUAAUUAAUAAUAAUGAUAUUAAUGUAAUAGCAAAAAUCAUAACAGUAAAAUAAUAAUAAUGAUGAUAAUAAUAUAAGUUUGCUAAGGUCAUUUUAGAAUUAUCUCAUUCUGUGUAAUACAAUCUUAAAACAGUCGACGUGAAAUAAAAACCACAGAAGUUGGCAAAAUGGUUUUCACAAGCGACCGUUAAAGAUGCCAAGGCUUAGCGCGUUCUUACGGUAGCUUGAAGGCCAAGUUUCAAAGUUAGCAUUAUUAAGGGGCUUGUCUUAGUAUGUAAUGGUAUUGCUUCUAAGUAUUGGUUCUGCUUGGAUGUUGAAGAGUCAAAAAUGGUUUUUAAGUGUGAAGUGGUUCAAAUGUAUGCAGGCGCCAUGGCUGUUUCAAGCCUGAUCGGUACUGACAAGCAAUGUUUUGUAGGCAGUCCCAGACUGCAAGGGAAACCAUAGACUGCGAACAGCCUCUUAUUUUACUUUUGAGUCACAGUAGAUGUUCAUAACUUUACAUUUUUGCUCGUCGCGUAGCUCCGAGGAAAGAAGGACGACCCGUCGCAGUUUAAGGAAGCCAAGGAAAGACUACAAAACAUUUGCGGAAUACUGUACUCAAGGUACUUUAACUGUCUUAAAAAUUUUACUUGGUGAUAGAUGGGUCCCUGACUGAGGCCCAAAAGGAGCUUCGGGCUCCCUGCUCUAGUCAGCAGCUUGGGCCAGUCGUCCAUGACCAGCCUUUAAUUACCAUGAUAAUCAUGGGGCAUACAUCUACCUAUCAAACCCCCGAUUCGGAGACCCUGGAGAGAGAAGGGCUUUAGUGGUGAGGGAAAAGGGUUGGGGCGUUAGCACCCUUAAUUUUUCAGAUGGUUCCUAAUUUAUUACUUACAAGACUAACUUGAUGUGCAUAUUUUUAGGCACAUGUUGGCCUCAUUGUAACUUUGCCAUAUUUGGGUUUUAAAUAUGACAGUUGUGGCCAAUCCAAUAUACAUUUUGGGUUAACUCUUGAGUGCAAGGAUAAAUUUUAACAUGUAAAAUAACGGCAUUCAAGGAAACCUUUUUUCUGAAAACACCUAUAUUUGUUCUUGGAUCAAUGCCGCUCUGUACAUCUUGACUGCAUGAUUUUUUGUUAGACACGGGGACGAUUUUUUAUGUGAAUACUAGGCCUUUGACGGAGAGAAAAUUCCUUUUGUCUCUAAGCAAACUAUUAAAAUAUCACAUUGCAAGAGACCAUAUAUGCAACGUAUUUACUUCGUGAAAUCAAGAAGUGAUUGUCUUCGUGAAGCAUUUGCCGAUUUUUCUGGCCGUAUGUGGCCGUAUGUGGCGAUCGGAGUAAAUGUCACUUGGUUAUAGUGCCUCGCCUCUUCGGGUCUUUAAUUUGUAUAUGUUCGCAUUGCUCGAAAUCGCGCGCAUUUACAAAGGCCCUAAAGCUUUUUACUGACUUGCAAGGACCCAUCUGUUGUAAAGAUCCCCAAAAUAAAGGGAUAAAUCUCAUAGUUUAUUAGAUAUAAUCGUGUAAAGUUUGCUUAUCAUCUUCACAUAAAUUAUGACCUAAAUUUGCAAAUCGCUGAAUUUCUCGAAUUGGGUCUUUGCGAUUUAGGUGAAACUCUGUUCAACGCAAGGCACUAAUGCGCACUAUAUGUAGCCGAGAGUUUUUCACGAAAAAAUGCCGGCAACAGCAGAAUUUCGACUCAGACCCGAAAGAGGCGUGGCACUAUAACCACGUGACAUUUACUCCGAUCGCCAAAACGUUUAUGCUAUAUUUAACAAUUAGUUCAUGCGUCAGCGUGCGUAUGUCGAGAUAUUGAGCACGCGGGAAGUUUGGAGAGCACGAAAGAGGCGUAAGAGUUGCACGAGGCGCAGCCGAGUGCAACUCUAGCCUCUUGAGUGCUCUCCAAACUUCCCAAGUGCUCAAUAUCUCGACAUACGCACAGCUGCAGCAUGAACUAAUUGUUUUAUAACAUUAUCAAAGCGAUCAAUGCAGCAGUUAACUGAAAAUUUUAUUAUUGAAGGGCGCGCUCAAAGCAGUACGCGUCAAUGUUUACGUGAAUAUAUCUUUUUUCCUCACAGUUAAUCUUAUGUUUUUAUCCUGAAACUGAGAGAAAGUGUACUCUAAAAUGAUUGUAAAAUCCAUAUUUAGGUGCCGGAAAACUAUUAAUUUACCGAAAAAUUGUUAUUGAGAGAAAACAACUUUGCAAAGAAUGAGCUCACGCCAUAGCCCGCACAGCUCGCGGAGAUGACAACAACAACAACAACACUCACCUCUUUUCCUUACUAUCGGUUAACAAAUUCAAACGUUUCCUCUUAAAUUUCUUUACAAAACACAUGGUAAACGCUUCAUUGUCUAUUGCUGAGUUAUGGAUGCACUCAAGAGACUCAGGAUUGCUAAGCUCACAACAACUCGAGGAAUUACGAAUAGUUUAUUGACAUCAUCAGCGUGCUCAAUAGGAAUACGAAGCACGCUCGCGCUAUUGAGUUUGAUUAGGCGAAUUUUCUAGCUAUGUUAUAAUGGAGAUUGAUCUAUAUGUUAUCCAUGCUAUAUGUUGGACCUACGGCGAUCAAAGUAAAGGUGGGGAUACCAGAGAGCUUCAAAGUAGGAUGGUACCUCCACAAAAUAAUUGGGUCGAGUCACCUUAACUUUGUACCAGCAUAAUUUAAGGAAUAUUGCCUUUCAAGGACUAAAGAUGUAAUUAGUCAUCUGUAGUAACACCAAAGAAAAUUUCUUAUGGGAGUCUGAGAAAAUAAAUUUAAAAUUUUCAUGUAUAAGAUGUCGUUUUGUGAAAUUUGACAUUUAUUUUCUCGGGCUCC